UCAUUAAAGGAAACAAGGCAGUUAAGAGCUUUUGCAUGAAAUUAAAGAAGUUAAACAUUAAUUCUCUGAGAGUAGACAAAGGUCCCUCACACUUCAGAGACAUUCUGUCUUUGUUGAGGACCAGAGGAGACACUAAUCUAUUUUUACAAGCAGACUAUAAAUCGCGGUGUGUUCAAUGAAUGACAUGUCUUCAUGGAUCAAAGUACUGAAUCUGCUGCUUUACCUGUCUACUUUAUAUGGAGAAGCAGCACACCUUAGGAUUGGUGUUCCAGAAAACUAUGAUGGUAUUUUCCCUUGGUACCUCACCAAGCUGCCUGAUCUUCCCUUAACCUAUGCUGAUCUGUUGGUGACCGGUGAUGAUGAGGGGAUUUUUGGAGUAGAGUCAGGCUUCUUGUAUGCCCUAAAACCACUGGACCGGGAGAAGAAGCCAUCAUACUCCUUGCAAGUGUCCUUCAUGGCAUCCAUGCACCCACAGAGCUUUAGUGUAGAGGUGUGUGUCAUCGACAAGAAUGACAACGUGCCCAUGUUCCUGCAAGAGAGCAUGCGAGGCACUGUUCAACUUGGCCUGCUGAAAGGGAUCCCGUUCAUGCAAGUGGGGGCUUUAGACCGUGAUGACCGAAACACACCCCAUGCUGAUCUGCGUUUUCGCCUUCUAGAUCAGAUGCCUCGCAUCCCAGCCAGUCACAUGUUCCACGUAGAUGCCACCAGCGGGGAGGUGUCUCUCACAGAGGAUGGUGCCUCUACUCUAGACCCUGAAAUGUGUGGUCGCUAUAAACUUUCAGUGAUGGUCCAGGACAUGGGUGGGAAGGCCAAUGCUUUCUUCUCUACUGGCACUGUGUUGGUGGAGGUGACAGGGAACACAUGGGCUUCACCCGACCCGGUCCGAUUGCAGGAGAACCUACCAGGCCCGUACCCUAUCCCCAUCUCUCAGGUGAAAUGGAGUGGGAGUUUGGUAGCAUACAGCCUGGAGGGAGAGUUUCCAGAGAUGCUUUUCACCAUCAGUAGAGAAGGAGUCAUCUACCUGAAUGCCCCUCUGGACCGAGAAACCCAAGAUCAGUUCCUGGUCAGCAUAGUAGCAGAGAGGCCAGAUGGCAGAAAGAUCGCAAAGCCUGUAGAGCUGAGGGUCAUGGUGGGAGACGCCAAUGACAACAGACCAACCUUCCCACAGAUGCAGUACCACACUGUUGUCAAGGAACUCGCACAGAAAGGAACUGAGAUUCUCACAGUCCAGGCAGCUGAUAACGACGACCCCAAAACGGAUAAUGUUCGGAUUUUUUACAGAUUGGCAGGGCAGGUGCCAGAAAGCCCACGCCAACUUUUCCGCGUGGACCGAGAUUCCGGGGUGAUCACAGUGCAGGCUGACAGCAUGGAGGGCACUGCACCACAAUACACACUCACAAUCAUCGCUGAGGAUGCUAAAGGGCUGAACAGCUCCUGCACUGUGAUAGUUAAAGUUCUGGAUGAGAACAACAACCCACCUAUCUUCUCUCAGCAUGAGUACGGCCCGUUUCACUUGGCGGAGGAUGCCCCAGUGGGUGCCACUGUGACGGCAGUGGCAGCGUGGGAUGCUGAUGAAUGGAGUGGGGACAGCUGGCUGGUCGACUAUCGACUAGAGUCAGGGAACGAGGAUGAGGUCUUCGCUUUGGUGACAGAUCGACAGACUAACGAGGUCUCGCUUGUCCUCGCUAAGGUGCUGGAUUUUGAGCGGGAGAGUGAGUACAUUCUGGUCCUGAGUGCUCAGAACCCUGUGGCUCUGGUGAGGGGGAGGUAUGGACCUGCAUCCACCGCCACUGUCUCCAUCUUCAUUGAUGACAUCAAUGAGGGCCCCGUUCUGUCACAGAGUCACUACGAGGUCACUGUCAGAGAGGGCGAGGAGCCAGGACGGGUCAUAGCUACAAUUAGGGCUUAUGACCCCGACUCCCAUCCAGUCAGGUACUCACUGAGAGGGGACACAAAGAAAUAUUUCUCGAUUGGAAAGUACUCAGGAGAGCUGAAGACAGUGCAGGCUUUGGACAGAGAGGAGAACAGUACCUACACCAUGGAGGUGGUGGCUGAGGAUGGACGUAACUCAUCUCUGUCCGCCUCCACGCUAGUGACAGUGCAUAUUCUAGAUGUGAACGAUAACAGCCCUGUUCUGGUGGGCGAUUACUCCUGGAAAUACCUUUGCACUCCACACUUGGAAGAUCAGGCCCUGGUCCUAGCAUCUCGGGACAGUGAUGGACCGCAGCAUGGUGGCCGCCUCAACUUCUCACUCAGCAGUGACCCCACAGUGCGACGCAACUGGAAACUCACACCCAUCAACGACACUCACACCAACCUUUCUCUGAAUAUCGAUGAUCUGACCCCUGAUGUUUAUACAGUGCCCUUCACCAUCUCAGAUAGUAGCUCUCCUCCCAGAAGCACCUUCAUUAACUUGCCUGUAACCGUGUGCACAUGUAACGUGAGAGGGAAUUGCCGCACCGCAGCAAAGCAACUUGCAGGGAUGCCCACUAUCCAGUCCACAUUGGGAGUCCUGCUUGGAACUCUUGGGGUUAUAGGGAUCAUACUGAUAGUCAUUUUUGUGAGACUGUCCUACCAGAAACCUCCACCGACUGGAAAAACCAAUCAGGAGACGAUGCCUCUCCAUGUGUCACUGUAACCCAUCAGCCAAUUGGAUCCGUUGUUCAGUAUACACCAAUUACACAAAGGCAGCAAUUAGUGUUUCCUCACAGUCAUGCUUUGCCUGGUGGUAGAUUUUAUAGUCCAAGUUUUUUCUUACUCUUACUCCUCAUCUUGAACAUUUCAUUGACAUCUUGUACUAAGACUACAUAUUUAAAUUUAUGAAGGGUUACUUAAUGUGCUUAUGAAAAAAUUUAUAGUGUAGGGUGACCAAAUGUGCAGGACUGUGAAAUACUUCUAUGGACUAUAGGUUUUCUACUGGUACUGUAGACUAAGCAGUGCUUAAUAUUAUUUAUAUGUAUAGUCAUAUAUAGUUAUAGUCUUCCUACAUUUAGAAGUAGCAGGAUUAUCUAUUGUUUGCUUAAUCUGAGCCUAUGCGGUAACUUCACCCUUUUACAAUUGUAUUUAUCUUUUCUAUUUACUUUUAUACUUCAUCUUGAAAAAAAAAAACACUUAAUAUUUAAACGGAUAAUCACACAUUGAAUUAAUUUACACCUUUCACUGUGUCAGCUGUUAAAUCUAAUUGAAAUAAAACAAUGAGGAAAAGAGA